AUGUGGUCGCCGCUGGCUAGCGCUUCGCUCGUCUUCCUCAUCCUCUAUUUCAUCUUGUUCAUCGUACUAUCCGCCCUUUUCAUCCUUCGAAAGGUGCCGUGGAAGUCGAGAUGGCUUGUUCUGCUGCUGCACGUCCUUGUUCGUCUAGCAUCGCAAGCCUGCGGUCUCUCCUUCGGUGUCAUCGGAUACCGGAACAUUAACGUCCUCGUGGCCUACUACGUGCUUGGUGCUGAAGGUUACUUCACGCUGGUCGUAUGUACCGCGCGCUACUUGAUUGCGUGGCAGCGCAAUCACUGGAACGGCUACUCUUGGAUGGAGCCCGUGGAUCAGUCAAGAGGGAAGGACAGAAGAUCUGCAUUCCUGCAACGGUUGAAAGGCAUGUUUCGGUGGAAGACGAGCGGCGACCGCCAUCCUUCGAAUCGAUGGAUCAUUCUGACCGACUGGCUGCUGGUGGCUGCCAAUGCCAUCAUCAUCGCAGGUGGAUCUCUCAGCUCUGGUGCCUACACCGACAAGACUCUGUCGCCCAGUCAAGUCAGAAGCAAAUUGGAGGCUUCCAAGGCUAUGAGGGGGGCAGGACAAGCGGUCUUCCUGACGAUCAACGUUGCGUUGCUUGUAUGCAUCGUCGUCACCAUGCGUCAGCACGUACAAGGUCGCUACGAAGAUGCAGACAACCAUGCGACUCGUACGUCAACGAAAGAGGAAAGGCAUCAGUCGGCAAGAAGGCCUUGGUAUGGCCAUCUAACACUUCUGCUCCUAGCUACCGCAUGGCCCUUCCUGGUCGUACGUGGUGUCUUCGGCGUCCUGCAGGCUGUAUUGCCUGACCUGAACUACUUCAACUCGGAAGUGUACGAUGCAAACGGUCUUACGCAACAGUUUGUGAUCGAAGAGACUUGUAUGGUGACCAUGAUGGAGUUCAUCAGCGCUGCCAUCCUCACAUCAACCUACUGGGCCUCGCGUUCCGAUCCAGACUGGCGACAGCAGGCCACCAUGGUCUCCGCAUAG